GAAUGCAGAGCAAGUGGAAGAAUUGCGGAGAUCGCCGUAUAUGAAAACACUGAUGUGCAGACUACAUAAAAGAAAUGGAGCAUAUCGGCAACUGACACGAAAGAGGAAUUUUACUCGGCCAGUAGAAGGACUGGAGAUGAAAGGAGUGCAUGGAUAAUCCGGUUCUCACCCAGAUAAUGACUCAUCACUAAAGGAGAUGGCUGUUUAUAACUGGCUUUUAUAUUCUGCAUAAACUUGACGAAUUUACCAGAAACGUAAUUUGAGGGUGUGGGAGAGACUUUCAUAAGGCUCUAUAGAACCAGGAGUCAAGAUGGCAGGUAGAGAGCGCAGUCCACGCCACAGGCCAUGGUCCGUCUACCGAGCCAACACGUUUGAUCUGUCCAAUGAGAUGAUGGGAUUGGCACUAACAGGAAACAGUCAAGAUCCAGAUGAGCCAGUACUUGAAUUCAGUCUCGCAUGCAGUGAGCUAGUCACUCCAUCAUUGGACCGGAAGCCCAGUGGCUUUGUAGCAGUGAGCUGCACCACACCUCCACAGGCAUUUUGGACCAAACAUGCACAGACUGAAAUUAUAGAGGGUACCAGUAAUCCGAUCUUCUUGAGCAGCAUUGCCUUCUUCCAGAAUUCUUUAAUUACCCAGCAGACUCAGAUCAAGCUGUCUGUCUAUGAUGUGAAAGACCGUUCACAGGGCACAAUGUACCUGCUAGGCUCGGCUAUGUUCACAGUGAAAGAGCUACUUCAAGACAAACACCACAGGUUGCACCUCACUCUGCGGUCAGCAGAGAGUGAGCGUAUAGGUAACAUCACGAUUAUUGCGUGGCAGAUGGAGGAGAGGAGAGACCAGCGUGCUCCUCUGGCACGUUCAGACACAGUCAAUGGCAGGAUGGUGUUACCUGUUGAUGAAAGUUUGACUGAAUCCAUGGGAGUCAAAGCAAAGUCUGCCUCCCUGUGUAAAGACAGCCUUUUAAAGGCAGUAUUUGGAGGAACUAUUUCACGGAUGUACCGACUUCCCACCACUGAUGGAAACCACUUGCGUGUCCUGGAGCAGAUGGCAGAGAGCAUGCUUGCCCUGCACAUACCGAGACAGUUUGUCAAACUGCUGCUGGAGGAAGAUGCUGCCAGGGUGUGUGAGCUAGAAGAGCUGGGCGAGUUGUCGCCCUGUUGGGAAAAUCUGCGCAGACAGAUCAUCACACAGUACCAAACCAUCAUCCUCACCUAUCAGGAGACUCUCAGUAAUCUGCAUGAAUACAAGGGUCCGUCCUUCAAAUCAAGCACUCUGAAAGGAGAGAAAAAAUUAGAGUUCAUACCUACAAACCUCCACGUUCAGAGGAUGCGAGUGCAGGGCGAGUCUGGCUAUGAUCGCACAUAUGAUGUGGUGACCACAGGAGCGCCUGCGGCUCAUCAUCAAGGCUUCAAGGGCAGCGGACUGCGAAAACUCAUUCAGAAAUUUGAGGAAGCCAAAAAGCAUGCUUGUGAGGGUGAAGGUGCCGGGGAAUCAGUUUCGCUCUCAAUGCGAUACCAGCCACAGGAUGUGUUAAAAGCUAAAGAAAUAAUUUCCCACAUCAACACCCUCAAGACUCAAAUCAGCUAUUACACAGAACGCCUGUCCCGCGCUGCCAAAGAACGCUCGACAAAUGCUUUGGAGAUGACCCUCGCCAUCCUCACAGACAAGACUCGGCAGCUGGUGACGGUGUGUGACAGUAAGCUGCUGACCACAGCUAUCCAAGCACUGAAUGCCGCACGUCCAGAGUUCAUCGCCUCUAGACGUUCCCCCUCUACCCAUGACACCGAGCGUGUGGUGUUGAGAAAUGACCAGGGCUCUCCGCAGGCCAAAUGGAGUGGGAAAAGCAACAGAGCCUCCAUGAAUGUGAACUGGCAGGAGGAAGAGUGGGAAAAGGUUUGGCUCAAUGUGGAUAAGAGUCUGGACUGUGUGAUCCGCUGUGUGGACAGACUCUUGACGAGAGAACGCAUGGCGAGCGACAGUAGUGAAGACGUUUUCCUGUGUGACCUGCAGGCUGACAGCAGCAAAAGAGGUAGCCAGGGCAAUGCAUUCUGGGUCAACCCUGGUGACGGGCUCUCCUUCCCUUCCUCCGACAUCCCCCCUCCCUCAUCGCAUCCUAUUUCAGAUCAGCUCUCUCCAUCAUUAACAUCGUCGUCACCUUUACUGCCCACUGCAUGCUCAUCCAGUUUUAAAAGACAUUCCUAUGGUAGUCCCAGUGUGGAGGGCUCCUCACCUGGGGAAUGGAGUGAAGCUCUGUAUCCACUCCUGACCACUCUGAACGAGUGUGUGUCUAUGAUGAGCGACAAAGCCAAGAUGUCCAUGGUGUUUGUACUGAUGCAGGACAGCGCUCCCACCAUUGCCAUGAGUUUGACACUGCAGUACCGCAGAGAUGUGGUUUUCUGUCAGACGCUGACUGCUUUGAUCUGCGGAUUUGUUAUCAAAUUGAGGAACUGUCUCAGUGACAGCGGCUUUCUUCGACAGCUCCACACUAUUGGUUUACUGGUCCAGUUUGAGAGUCUUCUUAGCACCUAUGGGGAGGAGCUUGCCAUGUUGGAAGACAUGAGUGUAGGUGUCAUGGACCUCCGAAAUGUUACCUUUAAAGUUACCCAGGCGACCUCCAGCUUCAGCCCCGACAUGUUACCGGUCAUCACGGGAAACAGAGAUGGGUUUAAUGUGCGUGUCCCCGUACCGGCAAUGAUGUUUGAUGUGUUGCCACGGGAGAUACAAAAUGGGAUGCUGCUGCGGGUUCAACCAGUAUUAUUCAAUGUAGGAAUUAAUGAACAACAAACGCUAGCGGAAAAGUUUGGAGACACAUCGCUACAGGAGGUUGUGAAUAUAGAGAGUUUAGCUCGGCUUACAUCAUAUUAUGACCAGUUUAAAGAAAUCCUGCCUGAAGACUGUCUGCCCCGCUCUCGCAGUCAAAACUGUGUGCCUGAACUACUGAAAUUUCUCAGUCAGAACGUCAACGCCAGGAAGAGCAAGAACGUGGACAUCCUGUCGCAGGCAGCAGAGGUUUGUCGGCGUCUGAAUGGUGUGCGGGUGACCAGCUGUAAGAGUGCAAAGGAUCGUACGGCCAUGUCAGUGACCCUGGAGCAAUGUCAGAUCCUACUGCACGAGCACUGUAUGGCCCCGCAGGUCUUCAGCCAGGCACUGGACUGUAUGCGCAGCGAGGGGUGCAGGAGAGAAAACACCAUGAAAAACGUAGGCAGCCGCAAAUACGCCUUCAACUCUCUCCAGCUGAAGACGUUCCCUAAACAGUACAGACCACCAGAGGGCACCUUUGGGAAAGUAGAGACUUGAUUUGAUGUGCAGUCAGCUGUUCUAGUCCACAUGACCAGAACUGCAUGUUUCUCUCUAUCUAUUUUUGUGUUAUUACCACAUAUCUGAAGAAACAUUUUAUUAUGCAACGUCAGCUCUAGUUAUCAUGUAGAUGACAUUGUAUAUUUCCACCAUCUUAAUAUUUUCUUAGUCCCGUGCCUCUUUUAUCGCAAAAGGGUUCUGAUGCAGAUGGGGCGGGGGGGGACACUUUAAUGUAUACAGAUAGUUUUUUUGUUGCUGGACUGUAAUAGCAAUUCCCAAAUAAUUCCAAAUGAUCCAAUCCAUUCCACUCAGAUUUAGUUAAUGUAUUCAUUUUUAAUAUAUUGUCAUGCUUGGUCUUUGUACAUACUUCAAAGGUCAGAACCGAGGCAAAGCUGUGUUUUAUCAUCCUAUAGAGUAAUUACAAAGUUCAGUAAGUGAUAGGUAAUGUGUGCUGCGGUAGAGUAGACGAUUUGUUCCCUGAGUCAGUUUUCAGAUUUGUUUGAAAAACAAGAUAUGCAUCACAUAUAAACAUUAACCAUUGUUAAUAUUCAUUCCAUUUAAAGUCCACACAAUACUAACUGCCUUACGAGAGUUCACUAUUGCAAACGCCCCCAAUGUUAAGAAAAAUAGACUUUCUAUGACUGCUUAUGACGUGCCAGAUUUAAUCGGUUAAUCAGAUUUAACCUGCUUAAUCAGUUUGAUUUAUUGACUGUAAGGUUAAAAAUGUAAGUGCUUUACCUUGUUGACAGCAUAGUUCCUGUUUUGCGUUGUACGGGUUAUAGAGUUUAAAAGGAAAAGCUUUCUCAUACUGUUUGCAAGCACAGCUUGUCUUUGUACAGUGAGCAUAAAGUGUGAAUAUACUUUUUAUGAAGAUGUGUAAGAAGACACUAUACGUUGAUAUGUUUAUUCAUUGUUUGUAUAUGUUUUCAUAGUACAGAGUGUCUUUGUAGAAGUUGUAAAUAUGUUAUUAAUGUCAGUACUGAUUUAUCAAGGAACACUGGUGAAAGUGGUCUUAAAAUGUGAAGAAAAUCCUGCACUGUUUUGUUUGGGAUAAUCUCAGACUAUUUAUUUUAUUGUAAUAGUUAUCUUAAGAAAACCUUGAUGUUCCUCUUGCAUUAUAGAACGUGAUAAUAAAACAAUUCUGUGAAUGCUAAAUCUAUAUAUAAUGCCAUUUUGUCUGCACAACAACAAAUGUGCAGAUUGCAUCACCCUUUUCUCUGCACAGAUGUACAAAUGGUAGUUCCUGGUUUGGAUUUGCACCUUAAAAUGCAAAAAUUUUAAGUUUAGAGCAUGUGUAAAUCAAGCCUCUGCUUGCAUAAUGCAGGACGCAUUUGAAAAUAACACUUGUAAUAGCUUAAAUUCAGAGAUCUGCAUGAAAACUAGCCUCUAAACGUUUUAAGAUUUUCAUUAUUCUAUGAUGUACCGAUGUGAGAAGUUUACAUAAUUAUUAUAUUUUAAUCGCUCGUUUACAUUUUCAUCUAAGAUUUUUAUUUUAUUGUUCAUGCAAAAGCACAGUGUUGUAAAAGCAUGCUGUCCUGUUGGUCCUUUUCUAUCCUUGUUUUUAGGGUUUGAGCACGAAGCGCUAGAAACCUAUUGUUUUUAUCUGUUUUAUUAUUUGUUUUUUUUAGGUUUGAUUCUAAUGCUGUAAAAAUUGCCCCUUUUCCUCCUAACAUCCAGAUUGUAAAUAAUAAAAACAUGUGAUAGAUUAAA